UUCUUCAUCAGAAGCUCAGUUUCCAUUUUCUCUCUCUAAUUUAUCUUCUAAUGGCGUCUUCAUUCAUAGCAGUAACUAAACCUUUCACGGCUCAAGUAAUUGAUGUUUCUCGCCAUAGUCAGAGACUUUCAGGUGCUCGUAGAAAUUUCCUCAGAGUGAAUGCAAUUGCGAAGAAAUACGAACCUUCAAAGGUAGUACCGCAAGCGGACAGAGUCCUGAUUCGCUUAGAGAUUCUUCCUGAGAAAACAACUGGUGGAGUAAUGUUACCAAAAUCCGCAGUGAAAUUUGAACGCCACUUACUUGGCGAGGUUCUUUCAGUUGGUGCUAACGUGGAGCAAGUAGAAGCUGGGAAAAAGGUUCUUUUCUUAGACAUAAAUGCCUAUGAGGUGGAUCUUGGAUCUGAUGCUAAGCAUUGUUUCUGCAAAGAAAGCGACUUGUUGGCUAUAGUUGAGUGAGUAUAGUUUCAUCAAUACCGCAAAACCAUACAAAAUGUAUUACAUAAAAUUUGUUUGUUUGUUACUAAUCUUAAAUGCUCCAAUUUAUAAUUUAUAGCAUAAAAUGCUUCAUUGCUCC